AAAACAGAGAAUUAAGAUGAAUUGAAAAUUGCAAAAGGCAUCCUACAGAUCGAAUCGCAAGAACAAACCUGGAACGAAGAAGGAGGUUUCGUCAAAUGGGCUAUAGCAGCUCUGAGAUUCUAGAGAGAGAAAGAAAGAACGGAGAGACAGAAGGAGCGGGCAAGAGAGAGAAAGAAGAGAGAAGAGGCGGAGCCCAGGUAGAUGUGGAUUUGGAGAAGAUGAAAUUGGGGGAAUGGUUUGAUUUCUUGGAGGUUCAUCUGCCAAAGCAAAUAAUUGAGCAGACGGAGAAGAUGAUUGAGGAGAUGAGGAGGAAAGCAGAGAGGGUCCAUGACUAUCUGAUGGAGCAGAAAAAGGAGGGUAAAGUAGCAGAGGGCUAGUGGGAGAAAUGAAGGUCUGUAAUCUUAAGGGUCCUUGCCAUUUUGUGGAUAUGGUGGUGAGCUUUAGAAAACCAGCUGCAGAAAGAAUUCCUCAUAUUGCUUUUGGUUGGAAUGCUAAUGGCAGCAUACAGCUAUGUUGAUGUAGCCAAUGAUUGUAGGGCAUUAUUUUCCCUUGACUGUUCUUUCUUUCUUUCAAGCUCUGGGUGAUUUCCCUACUUUGGAAAUGGCAAGUAGUUAUACAUUCUCAUUUCCCCAGUAUUGAAAUUGAAAUAUGGCUAUAAGGUUCAUUUUUGUCCAUUUUUUAACCACUAUGGCUACAAGGUUCAAUCCCUGAAACCUCUCACUCAAGUCUCUUGUAACUUCCACUCAGACCUUGCAAUUAUGAUAGGAUCCUUACAACAUUGCCAUUUACUAGAUGGAUCUAUUGUUUAAAUUUGUAGCAUUUAGUAUUUGAUGCAAACAAUGUCUGUUGCAAUUUUUAUGGCAUGAACCAGCGAAAUGUUGAAGAAUAUUUUUUGAAGUCAUUUAGAUGUAAAUCCUGAUUAUUAUAAAAGCUUUGAUUCUGCCCCUGUAAAAUAACAGGGGAUUGUAGAGAACUAAAGGCUGUUUUGGAGAAUCCAACGAGUAUGUUCAUUAAGUUUCUCAUUCUAGAUGAUAAACCCAGAUCUAUUCA